GGCUUCCGCUGUUUCGUUGCCGAGCGCUCGCCAGCUCUGCGAUUCGUGCGCUUUGUUUGUGACUCCAAGCCCGUCGUCCCGCGCUGGAUCUGGCGGUGCAUUUGACCAGACCAGCGCUGCUGCCAAACACCAGUGACCGCUUCGCUCAGUGCCGCCCGUCAAAUCCUGCAGCCGACACGCCAGAGGCGUAGAUCCACGAGCCUUCGACCUACGAUCCACGCGCCUCGCUUUUUGCUGGGAUUCUGUGCUCGUUUUCGGCCUUGCCACCCUUCGGCAGCUUCGCCUCCUCACGCGAGCUGCGUCAUUGCUGCUGCUGCUGCUGCUGAACCGCAGCAUCGACAAGCGUCGUUGCUCAUCCCUCCGUGCCACUUGCCUCCACCUACACACACCCACAUACACACCUCGCUCUCUGACACGUACCGGCCCAUUCUUACAUCCGUUGCGUUGCUGCUCCACACGGACCGAAACACGAAGUGCAUCCUACGGCGAGCACGAUUUUGUACCAAACCUAAAACAUUCCUGUCCGCCGACGCCGACUCUGACACUCAUCUGCGUCCUGCGCAUGACAACUACCUUUGAGCACUCCACCACGGCCACCCAUCGGAUCUAGCUCUCACGUCUUCCUUGCGACGUCUGCUCGUUCACCCUGCGUUGUUGCGUACGCGAAGGGCACGGUUGGACCAAGGCAUAUCGCCUGUCGUGAGCGGACUCGGAUUUUGGUGGCUGCACGACUUUCUUCGCGCCGCGAGGCUGCGAUUUUGCCUCUCCGGUGAGAAACCAGGAGCAGAGGUACAGAAUCUCGAGAAGGUUGAUUUGGCACGAUGAGUUCUACACAGCGUGAGACGGUGUUCUGCCAUCAGUGCGAGAACGAAUGGUUUCGAAGUGAGUUCGGGUUGACAUGUCCACGAUGUCACUCAGACUUCGUCGAAGUGAUCGAGGAGAAUAACAACCCUCGCGACUUCCUUCACCGCGUCAGUGACGAUGACGAAGACGAUGAACCUCUCAAUCCUUGGGCGCCAGUCGGGGGAGGCGUGUUGCCGGGGCCUUUGGGGUCGUUUGGUCAACCAGGCUUCCCCUUCUCGAAUUUACCGUCGCAGCCAGCCAACAGACCCGGCCCAGGAUUUAGUUAUUCAGAACGUCGGACGCCCGGCGGUGGCAUGGUUAUAACCAGCUUUUCAUACAGCAGCAGGGGAGCUCCGAGUCCAGCAGACACCCAUGCACAGGUCAUGCAAAAUUUCAGCGGCAUGAUACAAGGACUGCUUGGUAAUAUUCAUGCAAGUCGAGGCUUUGCUGCGGGCUCGCCGUUGGGAUCAUCAUCCGGCUCGCCAUCCCUAGCGCAGCCGAGAAAUCAAAACGACCCGGACGCCCCUCAGCAGGUAGUAGACCCACUAGCCAGCAUCAUGUCGCAGUUCUUCCCGCUGCAAACUGGUCAUCGGUCGCCGCCGCCUCCCGGAGCGCAGGACGACUUCCAGCCGAACCCGUUCAUGGGCCUGAUGCGCCUGAUACUCAGUGGUCACCCAACGCUACACGUAUACGGGCAUGGCGAUGCAGCGUACUCGCAAGAAGAAUUCGAUCGGAUCAUGUCACAGCUGCUGGAGCAGGCACAACAGGGAGGCGGCGUACCACCGGCUAGCGAGCAGGAAAUCGCGCGGCUGCCAAAGAUAAGAGUAGAUCAGGACUGGCUUGACGGCCAGGAGCACAAAGAAUGCACAAUCUGCCUCAACGAAGCUAAGUUAGGCGAGGACAUAAACGAGCUAUGGUGCGGUCAUUGGUAUCAUCCCGACUGUAUCAAAAUGUGGCUGGACGCGCACGACCAAUGUCCGCUGUGCCGAAAGCCCCUGCAACAGAGCAGGGAGGAGUAUGAGGCCAGGCAGUCCAAGACCUCGAAACGAAGGCAUUCAUCGAGGACUCACAGCCAAAACAAUGGGCAAAGCUCGCGUGAUGACGGAAGUAGCAGUAGCAAUGGGAACCAGGAUUCUGCAGGUGGAAGUGGCCUUCGAGAUCGGAUAACCAGCCUCUUCAGAGGGAGCAGUCGAUGAUGGACUCAAGUGAUCCAGAAAUUCAUGCUCUAGCUGGCUUAAAUGUUUAUAAUCCCGUCUUAUUCUUUUGUUUGCAUGGGAUAGAUUUCACUACUCAUGGCGUCCAGGGGCGGAAGGCUGGAGUGGAGCCUUGGAACAAACGUUUGGGACGAAAGUUGUACACCACACAAAAUGGUGCACCUAUGAUACCAUGACCGCAGAAUGCUAGCGAGAAUCGAAUUUAUUUCAUGAAUCAAGCUUAACCAUUGAGAAGUCUUCUCUUUC